UAAUGCGAGUAUCGAAUGAACAAAAGUCAGUAGUGCAGUAACUGCUAUACUUACAAAAUGGCGAAGAUAUUAAAGGUAGGCCAAUUUGGCCAUACUUUCACUCGAGGAAUGGAAGAAUAUGUAAAAACAGUAGAACAACGUAUUCAUCAUGUUUCAGACGGUACUAUAAAAUUAUAUAAAUUUAUCACUUUUUAUAUCGCUUUUCCUAUAAUUGGACUUACAAUGGCUAAUUGUUAUUUGAAACAUAAAGAAGAACAUUCAAAACCGCCCCCAAAAUUUGUUCAUUAUCCUUAUUUAAAAAUCAUGAAUAAGCCUUUUCCAUGGGGAGAUGGUAAACAUUCAUUGUUUCAUAAUCCUAGAAUAAAUUACAUACCUGGAAUUGGUUAUGAAGAAGAACAUUAGAAGAAUUAAUAUUUAGUAUUUACAUGUAUUUAACUUGUAAUGCUUGGCAAUAAAAUAAAUAAAUAAAUAGAA